UCUUGCCCCGUUUAUCAACAAAUCACAUCCAUUACCAAAGUUUCAAGUAAAUCCAAAAAGAAAACAGCGAACUCAACCAGAAAUAUGUUAUUACACUUCAUUUGCGUCCUGUCACUGGCGCUUUACCACAUUCCUUCUUUAAAAAUGUAUCAUCCCUAUUGCCAGGCGCAAUAUAGGCACAUACCGCAGAAAAGGGGAUUCAAGCUGAAGAAGGUAAUUGUUUUACACCGACAUGGUGAUAGAAUGCCCCUUAAGAUGUACGGUGAGGGAGGAGGCAUGUGUGUGCGUUGUGACGCGAGACAGCAGAUGGGUGGAAUGAAUGGGGAACGGACGGAAGGCGGAGAUGAGCCAUGGUACGACAGCAAUGCAGAUACCUAUUCGAUGCAACAAUGCAGAAUUAGCAAAUGUUCCGAUGGAACAUUAACUUUAAAGGGUUAUAACCAGAUGAGACGGCUCGGCCGUUAUAUCAAGAACGAAUACGUUCCAAAGCUGGGAAAAAUAAAGCUGAAAGACGUAAACUUCAGAGCAACAGCUGUUAAGAGAACGCACAGUUCAUUAAGUGGCGUCGUUAGUGGGAUGUUUGAGGAGACUCGGGCGGACUUUCCUGGCGAGGAACCAAAUACCUUCAGUAGCUGGAUGGAGAAUGAUGGCGAGGAUAUCGAACCGGAUACGGACAGUUCAUCGAGUAGAAGGGAAACAGACGAGAUUAACGACCAAGAUAAUUAUGAAGAGGAUGAGUAUGUGAACAGCAAGAAGAAAUAUCAAGAUGAUAAUAUGAAAUGGAACUUUAUGAAUAUAUAUAGAAGAAAGCCGAGUAAAAAAAGCGUAAAGAAAACCAACAGAGAUGGAUUUGGCAAGGUAUUUACAUUGAAGAUACCAUCUAUCAACAAGGACACUCUUGUGGGCUACAAAACGUGCCCAAAGCUUACGCAUAUUCUUACUCUAACAACAAAAAAAGCCUUUAGCAAUGUUAGAAACCAGGCCGAUCUGCAGAACGUUACAGAUAACUAUUUGUGUUCCAUGUGUGCUGGUACACAGCUCGACUGUAACAAGCUGAUUUGCGAUAUGGACGAAGUCUCUGACAUGGUAACAGCUAACUUUAAAACGUGGACGUAUCAAUCCAUACUAUUGCUCAAUCAUAUAAAAGUUUUAAAAUUUUUAUUUGGUAAGUUUGCAGUUGAUCUUAGGUUGCUGCUCGAAGAUAACAGAAAGCUCAGUGUGUUGUCGCUACACGACAAUUCGCUCUCAUAUGUUUUGGCCGGGCUGGGAACGCGGGUCAUUGAGCGGCCACCACUAGCGAGCGCUGUCUUCAUCGAGGUGUGGGAGAACGGAGAUGAUAAAUACGUCAGAGUGUUGUUCAACCAGUUUGUAUGCGUUACGGGUGUCGAUAGCAGUACAAAUGUUCCAUUUGAUAAAUUCAUAAGAUAUUUAAACGCAAUAAAAACAGAUGACAAGUCCUUAGUGGAGGCCUGUCCGUAUUUAUAG